CCUUCACCGACCGUUUGACAUGACAAAGCGAACCUGGCUGACACAUCUCGUGCCGUGUCCUUACAUCCAAGCCAGCACGAUUCCACAAGAUGAGCACUACAGUCUUGAUCUCAGGAGCCAACAGAGGUCUCGGUUUUGGCCUCGUCGAGAGGUAUGCAGCGCGAGAUAGUUAUACUGUCAUCGCGACUGCGCGCAAUCCCUCGUCCAUGCCUGUAGUCAAGACUGGUAAUGGUUCACAGUUGAUUGUCGUGGAGAUGGAUCAAGCGCAGGUCGAUGGACCCGAGAAGAUGAUUGAGCAAGUCAAGUCUAAAGGCAUCUCUAAGCUUGACUUAGUCAUCUGCAACGCCGCCAUCAUGACGAACGAAUCAUUCGCCAAAAUCCGUGAUAUCGACCCCAAGGUGUUUGAAGAGCACUGGAGAGUCAAUGCGACUGUGAGAUUGAUGGAGAAGGACGGAAAGUUCAUCUUCAUGUCGUCGGGUGCUGCCAUCCUAGAUAGAGAGGCCGAGGCUUCAAAGCCUGAUGUAACUUAUGGGAUCACAAAGGCUGGCGCAAAUUUCUUGGCCCGAAUGGCUCAUUUUGAGGAGCCUCACCUGGUCAUUUUCGCCCUGUCACCCGGAUGGGUACAGACGGACAUGGGUAAUCGUGCCGCUGUCUUGUCGGGAAGAGAGGGAGGUAAGGCGGUCAUCUCAGUCGCUGAGUCCUGUGAUGGCAUGGUCAAGGUGAUUGACGACGCCACGCGAGAUAGUAUGGGAGGCAAGCACAUGCGAUAUGACAGCACGGUUUCCAAAUGGUGAUGACGAACCAGAACUGAUACUGUCGAUGCAUCAUUAUCCCAAUACAAAGUCUGUGUCUGAUUGUGAUCAAGCAGUCGAAGUCGACGGAGCGAGACUUGCAUCUGGCAGCUCUACAGAGAGUCCCUACUGAUCUGAAGGACAAAUCUGCAGACUUUCUUCCGGGGACUCUCGGCCUUCAAUACUAUGCCUUUGCUCGAGCUCUAGGUCCAAGAAAUGACG